CUCCUCCACGCCGCGCUCACGCCUACGCGCUCGAUGACGGCAGCAACAAUGUCGUCGCACCCGCAGCAGCUGGAGGAUGAAGAUAGGCUCAGUACGCUGACUGAUGAUAUUUUAUUGUCUAUCUUGGGGAGAGUCGGUUUACGUAUCGCUGCAAGGACAUGCGUGCUCUCUACGCGGUGGAGGCAUCUUCCUUGGUUGCUGCCUGAAGUCAACAUCGAUGUCAAGGAUUUCCUAUGUGUUCCACACACUGAACCUAUUGAGGCAAAGGAAAUGGAAGAGUUAGCUAUGGUGUCUUUGACCAAAGCAACCAGGAGUUUCUUGGCUGAUCAGCAAAGAGAAUGCACCAUCUCAAGUCUGCACCUGAAGCUCUACUUGACCAACACUGUCUUGUGCGAAAUUGGUCCACUGGUAGGUGAUGCGAUCGACAGCGGUUUGUUGAAAGAUCUGGAUCUCACCAUUCUUGAUGAGACAGAUCCUUUGGACCGCAGUGAUGAGGAUAUGCUGCAGCGAGCUCAAGAAAUCGAUAAUUUCUUCCGUGCCAGCCCUAGUGUGCUCCACUGCCUCACAAAGCUCUCCCUGCAAAAUGCAGGCUUUAACAAUUUGGACAUGCACCAUGUCCUGUUUGACUGCUGCAAGCAACUGAAGCAUCUGAGUCUUUGUUAUUGUGAUACUGGCACCUACUCUGUCUUUAAGAUUGAUGCAGCAGACUCAAAACUUUGUGUUCUAGACAUUGACAUGUGCCGCUUUGAGAGAAUCGAAUUGGUCUGCCUCCCGAAAUUGGAGAAGUUCAUAUGCAUUACUUGGAUGGCAUCUCAGCAUGUCCCAGUAACCUUUGGGUUUGUCCCAUCUCUCGGAGAAUUAGAACUAUCAUGUGGUGCAUCAUAUUAUCGACGCCCAUUUAAAUUAAGUGAGCUUCUACACGGAACAACAAGCAUACACACUCUCACAUUGCACUUCCAAGGAGAAAAUCUUUGGUUGCAACCUGAAAUGGAGGAACUCCGCACCGCAUUCAACAAGCUAAAGAAGCUCUCCGUGUGUGGCAUCUUUGUUGAAUUUGACAUUUUAUGGAUGACGGCCUUUCUCGUAGCAGCACCAUCUAUCGAAAAACUACAUAUUCGGGUAUGGAACCAUGCAUGCGAUGUGGGUGAGUUCAGAGGUGAUUUCUUCCGUGACAGAAGGACUCCUCAGUGGGAAAUGCGCUUCGAUGGCUCCGAGAACAGGCUGCUGAAGGAGCUAGAAAUCGGUGGCUUUAGAGCACUAGAGCAACAGUUUACUUUUAUAAGAUCCAUAUUGGAGCGAUCUCCCAACUUGCAGAAGAUAAUUCUCUUAGGAGACGACCAAUGCGAUGAGUGCGAUGCUCUUGAUGCAUCACUUCAUCCUUCGAAAUUUCCGGAGAAGGAUGAGGAAGAAAUGGUGGCUGAGAGGAUUAGAGACGGCAUAUUCUCACCAGAAAUAAUUUUCGAUGAAGACUGGUCGCUGAGCAUCUGAGAUUUCUUGUUAGUACGACUGCACAUUUGCACUUUUGUUGACCAUGUGCUAAAAUGUAAUCUUCAGAGUUUAUUUUCAUACCUCACAAAGAUCUUCUUGUGGAUUGUUUCAUUUUGUGAAUUAUGCCUUUC